AGAAAAGAAAAACUAGUGGAUGAAGCAAGGAAGCUCAACUGAAAUUAUUACACAACAUGGGUCUAUAAAAGCCCAAAGGUGCUAGGCUGUUGCUUCAUUGCGUAAUUGAAGAGAAAUAAUUGUUUAUAUUUCGCAUACAAGUACUGAAAUGAGGCUAAUUAAGCAGCUGUUGGUUGCUUUGGUAAUAGCUUCAUUAUUAGAGGGAUGGUGGAGCUGUGAUGGUUGUUUGGAGAAUGAGAGAAAUGCUCUUUUGCAACUCAAGGCUUCUUUCAAUUAUCCUGAACGCAUGUCACUCUCUUCUUGGGGAUUAUACACCGAUGACUGUUGUAAAUGGGAAAAUAUUCACUGCAGCUCCACCACUGGACGAGUUUCCAAACUCAGUAUUCGGGGCGAUAUUUGGUACUUUACAGAAUGGUGCUUCAAUGCCUCUUCGUUUCUUCCUUUUCAAGAAUUGACGAGUCUUAGCUUACGAUGCUAUUAUAUUAUUGAUUGUGUUGAGAAUGAAGGUUUUCAAAGAUUAGAAAAGCUCAGCAAGUUGGAGUUUCUUGAUUUAGAAAGUAACGUGUUCAUUAACAAGAGCAUUGUAUCAUCUAUUGGCCAUCUUUCAUCUUUAAAAUCAUUAAAUUUGUCCUACACUGGAUUGGAAAGUGUAACUGAUAUUCAAGGACUAUCAAGUCUUCAAAAUUUGGAGUUUCUUGAUUUGUCAUCCAACGACUUCAACAAUAGCAUCAUACCAUUUUUACACAUCUUUCCAUCUUUAAAAUCAUUAAAUUUAGAUCGCAAUAGAUUGGAAAGUGGCAUUCAAGAAAUAUCAGGAUUUGAAAAUUUGGAGUUUCUUGAUUUGUCAUUCAACAACUUCGGUGAUAGCAUCAUACCAUUUUUACGCAUCUUUCCAUCUUUAAAAUCAUUAAAAUUAGCCGGCAAUAGAUUGGAAAGUGGUAUUCAAGGACUAUCAGGACUCGAAAAUUUGGAGUUUCUUGAUUUGUCAUCCAACAACUUCAACAAGAGCAUCAUACCACUUCUAAGUGUAUUUUCAUCUUUAAAAUCUUUAACAUUGAUCGACAACAGAUUGGAAAAUAUAACUAAUUUUCAAGGACUAUCAAAACUUAGCAAUUUGGAAUUUCUUGAUUUAAGUCUUAAUGACUUCGGCAAUAGUACCCUAUCAUCCAUUGGUGAUCUUUCAUCUUUAAAAGAAUUACAUCUGGAUGAAUGUGGAUUGAGAGGAACAUUCGAUAUUCAAAAAUUGGAUGCUUUGGGCAACUUAAAGGUACUGAGCCUACGAAGAAAUCGAAUUACCAAAGUUGUGGACUCAAGAGGUAUGCCAGUUAAAACAAAGUUUGAUACAUGCAUUAAUAGUUGGGUGGUCCUGGUUGUUGUUUUUUAUUGUAUUUUCAAUAUAGAUUCCAAUUCCAUAAAUUAAAUAUUACAUAUUUUCUCUAUUAUAUCACAAAACAUAAUUGUAUUCACUAGUGAAGCAAUUUGUUACAAGUAACUGUGUGUGCAUAUAGACUAGCCUUAAGCCCUGUAGGCUAAUAUGAACAAUAAAAUACAACCCUCCUUUGCUAAGAUGUCCAAAGUAUAAUAUAUAUAUAUAUACACACACACACACACUUUUUUUAAGAAAAAAGAAAAUUACAUGUAAA